AUGGCUGGCUCAACACCAUCCAGCGCACCGGUCUCCGUGUCCGACCAUGUUGAACAAGUGUGGGCCACAAAGAUCACGACCUCCCAGCCAUACAACAUCCUCAUCCCAACCAUCAAGCUCGUCUCGGCAACCUCAGAUGGCCGCGUCAUUGGCCAGUUGGUCCUGGAGGGAAAACAUGUCAACUCGCUCGGUGGCAUCCACGGCACCACCUCUGCCGCUAUUGUGGACUUCACCGCCGGUAUGGCCAUCGUUGCAAAGAGUGGCGGCCACAAGACAGGCGUCUCGACAGACAUCCACAUCUCCUAUGUGGCCAGUGCCAAGGUCGGCGACACGGUCGAGGUGGAGUGCUGGCUGAACAAGCUGGGUAGGAAUCUGGCUUACACGAGCAUGGAGAUCAGGAAGGUCGUCAAGCCAGGCGAGGACAAGAAGGUCCUGGUCACUGGUAGCCAUACCAAGUAUGUUGCCUGA